AUGUCUGAUUUGAAUUCUAGAACAGAGUUUAUUAAUAAAUUAGAAAACCUUAUCCAACAUAUUUGGACUAGUUUAGAAAAAGAAUAAAGAUAAAUCUAAAAACAGAAAAUAAAUAACAAAUAAGAGGGUAGCAGUGAAACCUAUUUCUUCAAUGAGGAGGAUUAUUAUGAAAAUUUAUCAUCUACAAUUGAUAUUGCAAGUGUAUACCUUAGUUAAUUAAGCAAAUUCAAAGAUCAACUUGAAUAAACUAAAGAAAUUUUACUCUUGGUGCCACUUGAAUAAAAAUAAUGCUAGCAAUAUUUAGCAAAAAAUUUAGAAAUUUAUAAAAGUAAAUUAAAACCUUCUUUAGUGAGAAGCUUAAUAUUAUCGAAUAAUUCAUAAAUUGAACAACAAAAAGUUGAAGAAAUUAAAAAAAAGUUAUCCAAUUUUUUAGAACACUAACAAUAAUCAAUUUGCCCUAUUCAUUAGCAAAAAGUUGAAUAAGUGAACAUAUCAGGUGACCCUAAUUUUUCAAACAGAUCAUUAUGUAAAUAAUGUGGUAGUAAUGGAUUAGAUGUGUAAGUAUUUUUGAAAGAAUAUUUGAUGGAUUUUUUUGAGUUUAAAAUAAAUUCAGAAGUAAUAAGAUCUAUAAUAAAUAAAUAAAUUUAAGAUCUUUCCAAUUUACUUCUGUCUUAAAAAAACCUUAAUAUUUUAUAUAACGAUUUAAAUACUUAAUUUCAAUAAAGAAUAAGUAUUAUUGAGAACAUUGCUGAAUCUUAAAUACACACUGUAGACAAGUUAAAUAUUAUGGCUAAUGAUUAUGUACAAAAUUAAGAUCUUUUCCUCAAAUGGAAGCAAUAAUUUAUUCAGAAAAUAUAAAAGAAAAGAUUAGAAGACUUUGAAACAGUAUAAGAUGAGAUAAAAAGAAUUGUUGAAAAAUUUGAUAAUAAUUAUAUGGCUUUACCAAACAAUCAGGAUCCUUCCAAAAAUACACAAAAUUUUCCAUACACUUUCAAAAAUAGUAUAAAAUAAAAAGAAACAUGUCAAGUCUUAAGCUUUAAUAGAAAUGAUAAGUUGAUAGCGACUGCAAAAGCAAAUAUAAUAAUUAUAUGGAGUUUUUAAAAUGGCUAAAUGAAUGUUAUUGCUGAGUUAAAGGGACAUUAGAAAGAAGUAAGUUGUCUUUUUUUUGAUAAGAAUUCAGAAACUUUACUAUCUUGUGGUGGAGAUGAUGAUCGCCAAAUCAUCCUUUGGAAUUAUCUUGGAGAUAAUAAAUGGAUAUUGUAAUAACAAUUUUCAAAUAAAGUAGGCAUUAAGGUAAUUGAUUUUGAUUAGAAUAAAAAUCUAUUAAUUUUAGGUUGUUAAAAAGGCCUAAUAAAAACUUUUGAAUUUCAACCACAAAUACCUUGUUUCAUAGAGUAAUAAGAAAUACAAUUAGACUCAGUAUAAGCAAUUUAUGGACUUAGCCUUAAUCCUUCUAAAAAAUUCAUGGUAACAUGUGGAUCAGAUUAGUAAUUAAGAAUACAUUCAAUGGAUUUUAAUUUCUAAAGGAAAAUUAUAAAUAGUUGUGAUUCUGCAGGGAUAAGGGUUAAAUUUAUUGACGAUUAAUCAUUUGUCCUAGUUUAAAAAAAUGGCUGGUUCUUUUAUUAUAAAAUAGAAUGGAAUACUAUAAAGGAAAUAUAACGAAUAUCAUUAUCAUCAGAAAAUCAUGAUUUCAUCUUUACUCCUAUUUAUUAUAAUUCAGAUAAAUAAUUCUUAAUAAUUAAACAUUACAAAACGAUAUACUUUUUAAAAAGAUCAUCUUAUGGAUAUUUUUAAUAAUAAGUUAUGCCCUUAGAAUAUGAAUCCUAAAUUGUAUUUGCUACAGUUUCAAAUGAUGGAAAGUACUUAGUUACGUGGAUAGAUAAACAAAAAGAAUAAACCAUAAAGAAAGAUUAAAUUCAACAUUAUCAUAUUUAUGAAUUAAAGUAAAAUUAUGUUUGA